AUGACGGAAGAAAGAUUAGUAACGGAGGUGCCUAGCAGCUUAAAGCAGCUUGCCAGGCUGGUCGUACGAGGAUUUUAUACAAUUGAAGAUGCCCUUAUUGUGGAUAUGCUCGUUAGAAACCCUUGCAUGAAAGAAGACGAUAUAUGCGAGCUAUUAAAAUUUGAACGGAAGAUGUUAAGGGCGAGAAUAGCCACAUUAAAAAAUGACAAAUUUAUUCAAGUCAGAUUAAAAAUGGAAACAGGUCUCGAUGGAAAAGCACAAAAAGUCAACUACUACUUUAUAAAUUACAAAACUUUCGUGAACGUUGUUAAGUACAAAUUAGAUUUGAUGCGCAAACGCAUGGAAACCGAGGAAAGGGACGCAACCAGUCGAGCAAGUUUUAAAUGCCCCUCGUGCGGGAAAACGUUCACGGACCUUGAAGCAGAUCAGCUAUACGAUAUGAUGACGCAAGAAUUUCGGUGCACGUUUUGCAGCCAAGUAGUCGAGGAAGAUCAAUCGGCACUUCCUAAAAAGGAUUCCAGAUUGCUUUUGGCCAAAUUUAAUGAGCAAUUGGAAACUCUUUAUAUACUACUGAGGGAAGUGGAAGGCAUCAAAUUGGCUCCAGAAAUAUUAGAACCAGAACCAGUGGAUAUUAAUACUAUUAGAGGGUUGACGAUGAAGCAACCGGCGAACCGCGGCGCGGGCGAGCAGUGGUCGGGCGACGCGACGCGCCACCAGGGGCUGGCGGUGGAGGAGACGCGCGUCGACGUCACCAUCGGCGAGAGCGACGUCGCCGACCCCACGCAGCGCAAGGAGCGCCCCGUCUGGAUGGUGGAGAGCACCGUGCUCGCCAACGACCAGAGCGACAGUGUGCAUUCGUCAGACAUGGCGCUUGAAAAAGCUGCUAGUAACGCCAGUAAUACGAAAGGCGCUGGAAAAGAGAAGAACGACGAUAUUAUGUCAGUCCUUCUUGCACACGAGAAGCAGAACACACAAGGAAACAAUGUUUCUAAUGCUUUGAAGGGGAUUGAUCCAGACAGUUCCGAUUCCAGUGACAAUGAAUCCAAGGAUCCAUAUAAACUUAAAGACGAGCUCGCCGCUGUCGCCGAGAUGGAAAGCGAAGAUUCAGAAUCCGAUGACAACGCACCCACCGUUAUGGUGAAUGGCAAACCGGUGCCUCUGACUAGCGUCGAUGAUGACGUCAUCGCCAAGAUGUCACCAUCCGAAAAGGAAACAUAUAUACAGAUUUAUCAGGAAUACUACAGCCACAUGUAUGAUUAG